CCGCCGCCCGGCACUCGCGCGCGCCCCGCCGCUCCUGCGCCCCCGCCGCGCCCCGCGCCCCGCCGACCCCGGCCAUGGAGCCCAGCCCGGCGCUGGCCGCCUUCCUGCUGUGCAGCGCGCUGCUGCUGCUGAAGAUGUUCGCGGUGGCCGUCAUCACGGGCCAAGUGCGGCUGCGGAAGAAGGCUUUCGCCAACCCUGAGGACGCGCUGAGGCACGGGGGUCCCCAGUACUGCAGGAGCGACCCGGACGUGGAGCGCUGCCUCCGGGCCCACCGGAACGACAUGGAGACCAUCUACCCGUUCCUCUUCCUGGGCCUCGCCUACUCCUUCCUGGGCCCGGACCCGGUGGUGGCGCGGCUGCACUUCCUCGUCUUCUUCCUGGGCCGCCUGGCGCACACGGUGGCCUACCUGGGCAAGCUGCGCGCGCCCACCCGCUCGCUGGCCUACGUGCUGGCCCAGCUGCCCUGCGCCUCCAUGGCCCUGCAGGUGGCCUGGGAAGCCGCCCGCCACCUCUGACGGCCCGGGGUGACGUGCGCCUGCGCGCCCGCGCCGAGCCCCGGCUGCAGCGCCCGCCCGGGACCCCCGGGAAGCCGACCCACCACGGAGACCGCGGAGCGGGACCCCCUCGGGGGCGCCGGCGCGGGGAGGGACCCCGCGCGGGCCCAGUGCAGACGCGCCCGCUGGAUCCCGGGGCCGUUGUCGGGCGUCCCGCAGGGCCCGCUAGACCCGCCCGGUGGUUCUGGGUGGGUUGGGGGGGGGAGGGGGGAGGAUGAGUGGAGGGUGUGGACCC